UACCGCGAGUGCUACGGUCGUGAUUUGACUCUUCUCCGUUACACAUCUCAUCUGCGCUGCGGUGCUUGUGGUCGUUUGUUUGCAGUUUGUUGGCUGUUGGCCGGCAUCGCUUCUAUCGCUCUGUGAAGUGUGUGUGUGUGUAUCCGGUUCUGAAGGUGGUGGGGUUCGAUCGGUCACCCGGUUCGCGAGAGACCCGAUUACGACGGCUGGUGACGGCUCGCUGCUACCGCUGGGGCCUUGCUGGGGCAGUGUUGGCGGAGUUCCGGAGUGUGUGGCAAACGUGCGAUCGAGCAACAUCCUUCGAGGCCGGCAUGGAUCGUGUGGAUCGUGAAUCAUAGGAACCCGAUGGCUUCUUCUCGAUCGCUCGAUAUAGAUCGGGUCUCACGCGAAUUGCGCGCAGCGGCGGUUUCGCAUUUGUUUGCGUACAAUCAUUCCGUUUGGUUCGUGCGUUGUGUUACAUGCUAGAUGAGCAGGCGGAAACGGUUUAAUUUUGCGCGGCGUUCCUAUUGUUGUGGUGUAUGUUGCGUCUGAAGCCGCUCGCCCGAAGAUUCCCCAACCGGUCGUAGUCGCAGGAAGUAAACAAGCAAUCCGCCUAGGAAGGCAAUCAAUUUUUGAUUGAUCUGUGUUUGAUGGUUAAAGUGAAUCGAAAGAACAAAUCGUUGUGCAGUACUUGCCGAACAUCAAUGAAGCGAUGAUUGAAUCGUAUUGUGGGUUGUGUAAAAAAAAAAAACGCUUCGUAUAAAAUUAUGUUCCUGUUGUGCGCUUGUGAAUGACAUGUGUUACACUGCUCAAUGUUAAAUGAUGAUAAGUUUUAUCUGUAAAGUGCGUGAAGUUUAAAUAACCUCAAACCCAGCACUGCAAACAAAAUUCCAUCGUUGUGGUGCUGACGGCAGCUGAGCUCGUUGCAAUCGACGAAUAAAAGACAAGUGAUUUGUGCGCUGUGUAAGUGACGAACCUGUAUGUGAAAUGUCAACGGUCAGUUCGAAGCCUUCUAAACACGAGUGAUGUGCGGAUAUGAUGCAAAGUUAUGUGUAGCAACAUCAGAUGUAUGUAUUUUGCUCGUGCACAAAUAAUUUGUAAACUUACCCACGUUUAGUGACAACCGAUCAAGUGAUGUCGUAUGGCCGUAUGGCCGAACGAAAUCGAGAAGUGAUACUGUUCGCUGACACACAUUUGCUGCUUGCUUGUAACGCGCUUGUCACCUAGAAAACUGUUCCUGCUCACUACAACCAUUCAGCUUCGACAACCGACAGAUUCGACAAUUUUUUGCAGAAAGAUGAAUCAACAAUGCAAAGUAUGUGGCGAACCAGCAGCAGGAUUUCAUUUUGGAGCCUUCACAUGCGAAGGAUGCAAGUCGUUCUUCGGCCGCACGUACAACAAUUUGUCAUCGAUAUCGGAAUGCAAAAACAACGGGGAGUGUGUUAUCAACAAGAAAAAUCGAACCGCGUGCAAGGCGUGCCGGUUGCGAAAAUGUCUUGUGGUCGGUAUGUCAAAGAGCGGCUCCCGUUAUGGCCGGCGAUCGAACUGGUUCAAGAUCCAUUGUUUACUACAAGAGCAACAGCAACAGCAACAAAAGACCUGCAACAACAACAACAACAGUAAUAGUAACAACAAUAAUGCUACCAUCAACAACACCAGCAACGAAAACAGUAGCAAUAGUACCAGCUCUCCAGGGCUGUCAAUCUCGAACGGAUUUCUGCCAAGUAGUUUCCUAUCGAACCUCUGCACCAACAACAACAACAACAACAACAACAACAAUAGCAGCGUGAACAAUAACAAUAACAACAAUAGCAUACACAAGAACAACAACACGAUCAAGAAGAACUUGAAGCGAGCGAACACUCCCAGCGAUUCGGGUGCAUCAUCUGCUGACCUGGAUGAGGGGGGAGGAGGAGGAGCAGGAGGUGGUGGUGGUGACGGAAGCAGCUCAUACAAGGACCAACUAGCUGGCAGUGGCAUCGUGGAAAACGGAUUCAAAACACCGGACAACCAUGCGGACCCGAGCCUGCCCAAGCUGCCGGUUAAAAUGUCCCGUACUUCACCAUCGUCAUCGGCGCUCCAGUCACUAGCCGAGACGUAUCGGCCCGCACUGCUGGAUCGCAUGUCACCGUACCUGCCCGGCGUAUCGUUUCGCACCGAUGGAUCUCCCUUCUUUCCGGUCUCGUUUUCGAUACCGCCCGUAUCGCUAGCCAUGCUUUCGUCCGCUGGCCAUGCCGCCGUUCAACUGUGCAAGCGAGACGAGCAGAGCGAACCCAUUGACCUGUCCAUGAAGUCUUCUAAGUCAUCGUCUAGAUCGUCGUCCGAAUCGCCCCGGCGAAUACGCGACAGCUCCCCAUUGCUGCCCGAUCCCAGCGAACCGGACGGCCAGUCAGCGUCGGCGACAAUCGCUACCAAAACAGUUCCUCUCGAUCUUUCAACGUUUGUGCGUAGCAACAGUCUUCCCGGGUGAAGUGUGGGAUGCGAUGGGGGAAACUAGCGAAGAUAAAAUUAGCAAUAAUUUGGUAUCCUCGCAGAUAGUGGCUGACCAGUGUACGGGAAGAAAGCAUCGCGGAUAGUAGUCACAGGACCGAAAUUACUACAAUCAUUCCAGCGCGAAUGAGUAUAAGCAGCCAGUAAGGGACAGUUUUUGCCAGUUAUGUUAACUCUCAGCAGAAGAAUAUGAGAACAUGCGUAAAGUUUCAGAACAAAUGUGUGUGUAUAUACGACUUCUAGCAGGUAGCAGAUAAGUAGGUCGAUUUAGUUCACAUAUGGUGCCAGAUACGAGUGUACAAAUUUUUCAUUAGCUAUUAUACCCAACCCGGUUGAGGAAAAAACCUCCGGCGUGCUUCUUAAUUUAUUGCCAAAACUCCAUUUUUUUAUUUGAUUUUUGAGAAUUGGGUUUAUAAAAUUUGUCGAACUUCUCUAGGAACCAUAAUCUCCCCUUCAUCAUGAACGCAUUGCAUAGAAUCUCUAUCUCUUAUGGGCAGUAUCGAAAUAGUGUGCUAGACUUGCAAGAAGAGUAAUUUAUGAAUCUCGAGCUGUAGAUAGAUAUGGGCGUUGUUUAGCGAAUUUUUGUGUUUUUUACUUUACUAUUUAAAACUUAAGAGCUAUUUAUAAACUGAACUGCAUUUGUAGUGAAUAAAACGUUUGUUUGUUUGAUUGUGUACGA